AUGUCGUUCCGGCAGAUUGCGCUCCUGUCGGCGGCACUGCCGGCGAUGGCCCUUGCCGGCGGCGACACGUACUUCGCCGGUGAAGGCACGUCCUACACGCUGGGCCAGGUGUCGGCCGGCAACUGCAAUUUCAUGUACGACCCCGGCGUGGGCGACUACUACGCGGCGCUCAACAGCGAGCAAUGGGACUCGACGCUCAACUGCGGCCGGUGCGCCGAGGUCUCGUGCGCCGACUCGCGCUGCAGCGACACGAGCAGCACCGUGACGGUCUUCAUCGUGGACAAGUGCCCCGAGUGCAGCCAAGGCGACCUGGACCUGUCCCCGACCGUGUUCAAGCAGCUCACGGGCAGCGACCCGUCCCGGUACAGCAUCAGGUGGAAGUUCGUGGACUGCCCCGUGAGCGGCAACGUGCAGUACUGCACCAAGAGCGGCAGCAGCAGCUCGUGGCUGGCCGUGCAGCCCGCCAACUUUGCCAACGGCGUGGCGAGCAUGAAGAUCGCCAACCAGGACGUGACCAUGGUGGACUCGUGCUACUACUUCCUGCUCAACGGCGGCUCGAACGUCGACAUGUCGGCGGUGGACAUCGAGCUCACGUCCAUCUCGGGGGAGACCAUCACCGAGACGCUGUCGCUCACGGCCGACAAGUGCACUGACGGCACUGCGUCUCAGUCUCAGACCCAGCAGCAGCAGAGCGAUGUCAGCACCUACUUCAACUCGCUGACGACGAACUCAACCUCGGGCAGUGAUAACGACUACAAUGCAGGCAAGGUGACGGCAGCAACCGAGUCUUCAAGCGAUGUGUCCAUCCUGCAAUCUUCCGAGGCUGACUUCGGCAAGACGUCCAGCACCAAGCAGUCUGACUCAGACAGCACCCAACAGCAGGACGACUCCGACAGCGCGGCGCAGAAGACGGGGUCGGACGACACCAAGCAGGCAAACACCAAGUCGGAGGCCACCUCUGCCGGCACGAGCCCCGUCAUUGUGACUCUCCUUGUGCUGGCUGUCGUGGGCUGUAUCGCCCUUGCCGCUGUGGCCUACGUUACCAAGAAGAAGAAACUGAAUGACAAGCGCAUGGAGCGUGACGCGGCCAUGAUCCGGUCCUUCGACACGCUAUGCUCCCCCGUGCACAUCAACGAGACCAACAUCGCCGCCAUUUAA